AUGUCUGCGUUUGAUAUUAACUCCAAAGCAACAAACGUAAGUCUUUAGCUUGCUUGUUUUCCUUUGUUUUAGAGCCAUCAUCGCUUACAAGCAUCAUAAUAUUGCUUUUUAUACGCUUAUAAUCAAUUUUAUAAAGGUAAAACAGUUAUAGAGGGUUAAGAAGUUCUUUUCAGCCUAAAGAGCAGGGAUUGUUCGACUACUGGUACCUUCAGUACUGCCUGACGACAGGUCUGUACAUGCUCGAGCCUUGGGAGCGACGUCUAUUUAACUCGAUUGUGCUUGGAGCUGUGACGUUGUCCGUUGGCAUCACUUACCGAGGCUUGUCUGCCUUCUUCUAACUCUACCUUUACAUAAUGGCUGCUGUGGAAGGUGCGGCAACCGACUCGAAGGUGGCGAUUUUGCUCAAGGCCGUGGGUAACACUCCAAUUUUGAAGAACAAGAACUGGACUUUGGAAGGCACCAAUACCGUGGCCUGGUUGAUCUGCUUUAUUCGUCGUUACCUAAAACUCCCAGCUUCUCAAUCCUUGUUCAUCUUUGUUAACCAAGCCUUUUCUCCCAGUCCGGACCAAACCAUAGCCAAUCUACAACAUUGUUAUGCUCCUUCAGGUCAGAAGCUGGUCUUACAUUACAGUACAACCAACGCUUGGGGCUAA